AUGUCAGCGCUCGAUCCAACUCGCGAGUACACUACAUCUCCAAUCCUAUCAACCAACAUCUCACCACCCUUACCCCCCGAGGCCAAAUCCACUCUUCAACUCCUCAUAACCCUUCGCGCGCACCAAAUCAUGCUCACAAACCUCUACAUUGCGCAGCACACUCUCUACGUUACAGCAUACAACGUCUUCGCUGCUCAGUGCGCAACCGGUGAGAUUGAUUUCGCGAAGAUUGAGGACGCUGUCGCAAAUCUACCGGAGCAACAGAACGAAAUUAUGCUGUUUCACACUUUCCUUUGGAGUUUGCAGACUCUCAUUAUUGGCUUGGAGAGAGAUGAGAUUGACGAGGUCGACGAGAGAUGUGCGGGCAGACAGGACGGGGUCGUGUUUGGACUUGGAGGUGGCAAGCUGACGAAGAGUGUCAACGGCAUGUGGCGUUGA